AGGAGGGGGCUGGACAUUCCUGCGGGAGAGUCUCAGGAGUUUCCUGCUCCGCGUCUUUCUGCUCCGCUCAACAUGGACUUUGCUGGGAACGCUCUGGACGCUCUGGUGUCGCGGCGCUGCAGGCGCUCCCAGCUCUGAGCAGCCUCGUCUCAGGCUCCGUUCCCCGGCUCAGCCGCGGCUGUCCGCGGCUCUGAAGAGGAGGAUGUCUGAGUGAGUUGUGGAGGAAGAAAGAUGUUUCGGAAAAAAGCCUCUUCCUCCUUGAGAAUGGGAAGGAUAACUGAAAGCGCUGGAUGGAUUAUCGACAGAGGGCGGAGCUUGUCCUUCCAUGAGGUUCGUGGUCAGCGUGACAAAGACAUGAGGGCAGCAGCUGACGAGUCCUCCAACAGUAGCAACAGCGUAGGAAGUGGUGGCAGCACAGUGCUGCAGCGCCUCCUGCAGGAGCAGAUGAACCGGAAUUAUGUGCUACAACAGCAGCAACAACAACCCGGAGGAGGAGGUGGAGGGGUGGGGGGCUAUUCGGUGCAGGGACAGGUGAACUCUUCUGACGAUCACUCCAUGGCCUCUCACAUUGCUCGGCAAGAACCGCAGGGGCAGGAGCUGCAGACGGACAGUGGUCUGGAGAAGCUGGGCCCCACCCGGGGCGGGGGCGGAGGAGGGGGCGGGAGCAGCGGAGGGGGAGGCUGUGUUGGGAGUUGUGGAGGUGGUGGCAGCAGCCAGGGCCAGUGUCCAAACGCAGAAGAUCUUCCCACGUAUGAAGAAGCUAAAGUGCAGUCUCAGUACUUCAGGGGCCAUGGCCCGCCCCCACCUCCCCAGCCUCAGCAGCAGAACCAGAACCAGCAGCCCCCCAUGGGCGCCGCCUUCUACGUCACCGGGGUGACCAAUGCCAAGGUGCGCACGGAGGGCCGGCCGACGCUGCAGCGGGUGAACGGUGCAGGGAAAGUGCACCAGGAUGACGGCCUGAAGGACCUGAAGCAGGGACAUGUCCGCUCCCUCAGCGAGAGACUCAUGCAGCUGUCGUUGGCCACCAGCGGCGUCAAGGCCCACCCUCCUGUCAGCAGCACCCCACUCUCACCCCAACUGCCCCCCCCAUGUCAGCCCGGCGACUACUACAAGCCUCAGCACCGCGGCCCGCCUCCAGACUACCCUUUCAAAGGGAUGGGCUCUCCUGGCAAACAGCAGGAGCCUGGAGGCCAUUUUUACCAGGAGCAGAGAGGGAGGGAGCACUCGAGGGAGGUGCCAAACGUUAGGUACCAGCCGCCACCCGAGUAUGGCUCAUUCAGAUCCAGUAAGGAGGGUUUGGGCCACUACCAGAGACCAGUUCACCAUCACAGUCCCACCUCCUCUGUCACCUCGGUUGGAUCCUUGUCUCGCGCCCAGUCCUCCACCCUCAGUAGCAUGCUCAUCGCCUCCCACUCUUCACAUCCGUCCUUCCCUCACCAGCAUCUUCAGAGCCAUGGGGAGCCUCUCCCCAUGAUGGGUCCUCGGAGUCCACAGGGUUCACAACACGGGGCGGACCAUGGCACCAUAGGGAUGCUUCAUCCAGCACAACAGAAAGGUCCCACCUUCCCUCCUGAUCCCUACGGCUCCACCCACAGGCUGCACCACCACCACCAUCAGCAGCCGCAUCCCCCUUGUCAGCAGCAGCAGCACUUCCCGGGACCGCCACCGUCCCAGAUGUCCGGUCAGCCUGGACAUUUUCCAUUACCGCACUCGUACGCUCACCUGCAGGGAGACCCCUACGCCACCAUGGCCCGCGCCCAGCAGAUGGUGGAAGUGGUUACGGAGGAGAACAGGAUGUUAAGGCAGGAAAUGGACGCCUGUCGCGACAAAGUCACCAAGCUACACAAGCUAGAAACGGAAAUCCAGCUGGUGUCGGAGGCCUAUGAAAACCUGGCCAAGUCCUCCUCCAAGAGAGAGGCCCUGGAGAAGACCAUGAGGAACAAGCUGGAGCUGGAGGUCCGCCGACUGCACGACUUCAACCGAGACCUCCGAGAGCGCAUGGAGACAGCAAACAAGCAGCUUGCUUCCAAAGAGUGUGACGGCUCAGAGGACAACCGGAAGACCAUCUCCCAGCUGCUGACACAGAACAAAGAAAUGCAGCGUGAGAAGGAGAAGCUGGAGAUGGAGCUCAAUGCCCUGCGCUCCACAUCAGACGACCAGAGGAGGCACAUCGAGAUCCGAGACCAGGCUCUCAACAACGCCCAGGCCAAGGUGGUCAAACUGGAGGAGGAGCUGAAGAAGAAGCAGGUUUACGUGGAGAAGGUGGAAAGGAUGCAGCAGGCUCUGGCUCAGCUGCAGGCAGCUUGUGAGAAGAGGGAACAGCUGGAACACCGACUGCGCACCAGAUUGGAGCGAGAGCUGGAGUCACUCCGCAUGCAGCAGCGUCAGGGGAACUCCCAGGCUAAUGGUGUGGCUCCCUCGGAGUACAACGCCACAGCGUUAAUGGAACACCUGAGGGAGAAGGAGGAGCGGAUCCUGGCUCUGGAGGCCGACAUGACCAAGUGGGAGCAGAAGUACCUGGAGGAGAGUGUCAUGAGGCAGUUCGCUUUGGAUGCUGCUGCAUCUGUGGCCACACAGAGGGAUACAGGUACGUCAUCUGCAUACAUUAGCCACUCCCCCAGCAGCAGCUACGAGACCUCUGUCGAGGCUCGAAUCCAGAAGGAGGAAGAAGAGAUCCUCAUGGCCAACCGGAGGUGUCUGGACAUGGAGAGCCGGAUCAAGAAUCUCCACGCUCAGAUCAUUGAGAAGGAUGCCAUGAUCAAGGUGCUCCACCAGCGUUCCAGGAAAGAGCCCAACAAGUCAGAUGCACCGUCCGCCAUGAGGCCCUCCAAGUCCCUGAUGUCCAUCUCCAACACGGGUUCUGGUGGCUCUAGUCUGCUGUCGCACAGCCUGGGACUCAGUAGUUCACCAAUCACCGAAGAACGCAAGGACACGAGCUGGAAAGGCAGUCUGGGGGUUCUGCUAGGUCCGGAGUGUCGCACGGAGUCUCUGAGGACAGAGUCGAUCUCGUCCUCCCCCUCCCCGGUCCUGUCCGCCACCUCGUUGACGGCGGGCCACUCAAAGACGGGCAGCAGAGACAGCUGCACGCAGACGGACAAGGGCCAGAGUCAGGAUACCGGCAAGCCCACCACGCCAGCCGUCCAGAGUAUGACCCUGCCAGCCCGGCUGUCCAACCCCAGCCCCGUAUACAUCCCCGACCGCUUCGCAGAUGUUCCAGUCUUCCACAGCAGCACUCUGGAGCGACGGUUCCCCCUCCAGUCCCACCCACAGCAACCAGCGCCGCCCCCAGCGCCGCCUUCCCAGCAGGACGUAGACACAGACGUGGUGGAGAUUCUCAUCUGACCACACCAUCUUAACCGGAACCAUAGAGUGUCGUCUCCCGGUCGUCUCCCCUCCCUGUUGUCUAUCCUUCAUCUCCCGGCGUUCAGCUUUGUCUGCGGGGCAGCGAUGUCAGCCUUCAUAUCUGUUUACAUUUAUCUUUCUCUCCCUCUGGCUGAAGGACUGCAGGGAUCUGACGGUGAAGGUUCAGCUGCAGCAGUCCUGUCUUACACUUUGUUUCUGACCUAAACUAGUCACAUUAAACUCUUAUUUAUUUGUUGACCCUAUUUCAUUGGUGCCUUCGAUGUUGCUUCAGUUGCAGUGGUAACAUACCUGUUAAACGAAAACUGAAAGAGUCGUUCUUUUUCAUUUGUGUCUCUAAAAGUGACGCAGCUGGACGGUGCUGAGAGCCAAAAUCCACAUCUCUCUCUAUCUCUUUCUCUCUCUCACACACACAGACACAAACACGGAGAGAAAAGAGAGACACAGCAAAAUUUAAAUUUUUGUAUGUUUUCUGUCACUCCUGAUGUAUAAUCGCACACUCUGAGCUGGCAGAGUUGGUGAAUGUAAUUGUGCAACAGUAUUUUUUGACUUCCAAACAUGUAAUGAAGACAAAGCUGCCAGAAGAGAGCAGCUGUAAGUAAUCCCAACCUCACCUGGACCCGUAAGAAGAAGGUAAACUUCAUUGGACCAAAUGUAUGAGCUACCAUCUGUAGUGUUUAGUGCACAAUGUGCUGCAUUUCUUCAAGAAGUCUGAUGGUAGCUCAUGUGUUUAUGUUAAAACUUCAGAUAAACCUGCUACCUGGGCAACCACAGAUGAAGAUUAAUGCCAUAAAACUUUCUUUAUAUGUAAAUAGUAUAUCCACCAAGUGUAUGUACUGCUCCGGCCUAUGUAACCACAAAAAAAUUAGAUUUAUAAAAUUGUAAAUUACAAUCUUUGGCAGCAUGUUUUAUUGCUGCCGUCUUGUUUGUUAUAUAUAUAAAAUCAUUUCAUAAAUAAUCAAACUCAUUUCUGAGAAUCAGAUUUUAAGAAAAGUGCCUUCUCUUUUAAUCCUGUUUUUGUUUAAAAAAAUGUAAUAAAAAUCAUUUGAUCAUAGU